AUGGGGGCUAGGAACAGGAAGAUUCUUUUUCUGCUUGACAAUGCGCCAUGCCAUUCAUUGGAUACGUCGCAUUUGAGAAAUGUGCAAGCUGCAUUUCUGCCCCCCAAAUGCACUAGCCAGCUGCAGCCACUUGAUGUCGGCAUCAUCAAGUACGUGAAACAGAAGUACCGAAAGUUUGUGGUGCAGCAUCGGCUGGUUUGCACGGAGCGCAAGCAGUUAGACAAGAAGCUUUAUAUGCUUGAUGCGAUGCACAACAUUGCUAGUGCAUGGGACACCACCACGUCAGACACCAUUACUAACUCCUUCAGGCAUUGCGGCUUUAACAGAAGUGACUUCUGUUCUACCAGUGAAGCUGCAGUGCCUGUUGAUGAUGAACCGGAGUUUGGCAGCCUGCAGCUGCUGGGAACUUUCACGGACUAUGUUGGUGCUGACGACGGUGUUGCAGUGUGCAGUGCAGUGUCGCUGGACGACAUCACGAAGCUGUGUGUCCUGACUUUGCGGAAACUUCCGACGAGGAAGAGAUGGAUGAGUAGAGGCUAG